GAACACCUCCGUCAAUGCGUCCAUGUUUUGAAGAUGAUGUCACGAAGUUCUAGGGGCUUUUUUUCCUUAAAGAAGUUAUUUCCUGCCGUUGUUGCAGAGUCAUCUAGAACUAAGCAUACUCUUCCCGAUUUGCCGUACGAUUACGAUGCUUUACAACCAGCAAUCAGUGCAGAAAUUAUGCAACUUCAUCACCAGAAACAUCAUGCAACAUAUGUGAACAACUUGAAUGUAGCCGAAGAAAAGUUUUCUGAGGCGCAAGCUAAAGGAGAUACCAGUGCUAUGAUAUCACUCCAGCCAGCCUUGAAAUUCAAUGGAGGAGGACAUAUUAAUCACUCAAUAUUUUGGACAAAUCUCUCUCCUACUGGUGGAGGUGAACCAACAGGAGCCUUGAUGGAAGCUAUCAAGGAAGACUUUGGUUCAUUUGAAAACUUUAAGGAAAGGUUCAAUGCAGCAACUGUAGCUGUGCAGGGCUCAGGAUGGGGUUGGCUGGGUUAUAGCAAGGCUGACAAGGGCCUGGUGAUCACCACAUGUGCCAAUCAAGACCCUCUCCAGGCCACCACAGGACUGGUGCCACUUCUUGGAAUUGAUGUCUGGGAGCACGCAUAUUAUCUGCAGUACAAGAACGUCCGCCCUGACUAUGUGAAAGCCAUUUACGGUGUCAUCAACUGGGCUAAUGUUGCCGAGAGAUACGAAGCAGCUAAAUUAUAACAUAUUAAGGUUUUCGAGUAGUGCUCUUGUUAUUUUUGAUGUGUAAACAUCAAAGUAGAAUAUUCAUGUUAAGCUUGUGAUAUGUUGAGGGUAAAUGGUUCCUUGUUGAAAACAUGUUUUGACAGUUUUGAGGGCAUUUUUCCUUUUUAACCUGUAAUCAGUUUUACUGCCUUGUCCUAGUUGCACUGUGUGACAGAAUGCAGAAAUGGAGGACUUUGCAGUUUUUACUGAUAAAUCCAAAGUGCAUUUAUAAAUAUGUGUGUAGUCCCAGAGCUGCACCCUUUCCUUUUCCUAUAGUUUACAGUUAAAAUCCUGAUAUCUUGAUAAAACUUCAAAUAUUCUCACAAACAGACAGCAAGGAAGACUAUGAUCACCAGUUAAGAGAAUUCAUGUUCAGAUCCUCUUAGCUAAAGGAUUAAGGUGCAACAGAAAAUAAAUUGAAAUGUUGUGUAAAUUGAUGCACUUCUAGCUGGAGUAAACCUUGAUGUAACUGUUUUAAUUCCAAUGCUAGCUGGUUAGUUUCAGGCCUAUCAGUAAACAAAUUGAAUGUAAUUUUUUAAGGUA